CUCUGUCUUUUUCAUAUUUUCUCAUUCCCUUUUCCUUCCAUAUUAAUUGUCUUUAGUGUUUCCUUUUUAUCCAAUGGGUGCAGGUGCUUCCAAGAACAAGAUUACUUCCCAGGAUCAAGCCAUCUUGAAUUUGAAGAUACAAAGGGAUAAAUUAAAACAAUAUCAAAAGAAGGUGAAUCUUGUGAUUGAAAAGGAAAUACAAGCUGCCAAAGUCUCUUUGAAUCAAGGGAACAAGAAAAAGGCAUUACUUGCUUUAAAGAAAAAGAAAUAUCAAGAACAACUACUUGAAAAAACUGAACAACAACUUUUGAAUUUGGAAGAACUGACUCAAUCGAUUGAAUAUGCAUUAGUAGAAAAACAAGUGUUGGAAGGACUCAAGAAUGGCAAUGACGUAUUGAAAGAAAUUCACAAGGAAAUGUCUCUGGAAGACGUUGAACGAUUAAUGGAUGAUACUGCUGAUUCUAUUGCUUACCAAAACCAAAUCGAUGAUAUUCUCAGUGAACAACUGACGGCUGAAGAUGAAGAAGAAAUCAUGAAAGAGUUGGAUCAACUUCGAUUGGAAGAGCUUGAUGCCAAUCUACCCUCUGUACCUGAAUCCGAACUUCCCAAAACUGAACCUGUUUUACCUGAAGUGCCAACACAUAUACCAAGCACUGUCCAACCUGAACCAAUCAAGAAGAAGGAGAGAAGUCAACCCAUGUUAGCCUCUUGAAAAAAAAAGGAACUAUUUGUAUCCUCUUAUAUUUACUUCACUAUGCCCACCAUGAAAAUUUAGAUCUAGUAUUAUUUAGCGAUAGCGUUUGGUUCUUACUUUUUAUUAUUAUCAUUAUUACACUUGUUACAAUAAACAAUUAUCUGAUUCCCACUUU